AAGUUACUACAGUAGCUACUGUAGAGUAACAGGCUGUAGCGACACGAUGGAUGUUGCAGAGACAUCCCUGAUGGCGAGAGUCUUACCAGACAACUUGAGAGACUUGAGCCGUACUGGGUUCAUUGUGUUCAAGCCUCGCAUAAAAUAACUUAGCAAAGAGGUCGCUGAUCCCAAACGGUCGACUAUAGGUUCUUGUACCAAGCUUGCACAGGACUCAAGAGCCGGAACCCGUCUAUCUCACACAAAUCACAAGCACCAACCGCAGGCACCAACCACAAUCACACACAUGAAUGCCAUGGAAGACAAUCGACGCCACCAGCCACUACAACCAGGGAUCCGGGCGCAGUCGGAAGCACCUUCAUCCCCCAAGUCGGUAGUGGUCCGCAAGACUCUUGAUGCCAAACUGAACAAGAUGUCUCUCAACGCCAAACUGAACAAGCGAGACGAAAACAAGGCCACACAAGAACGACGAAAGCGUCUAGAUAUCUUGCGUGGGCAGUAUCAAGAUUCUUCGUGCCGCGAAGAUGACGAUGAUGAUGAUGUCAGUUUGGAUGGAUCCGUCUCUUCCGUGUCCAGUUGGGUGGGGCGCAAGGGACGGAAGCUGUUUGGAAGCAGCAGCAGCAGCAGCAGCAAGUCCAAGAAGAAGGGAUCAUCUUCCAACAACAACAACAAGAGCCACUCGGCUUCCUCUUCCAGUCUCUCCUUGAAUGACAGCAGCACCCGAUUGUCCUCCAAACAACGAGGACUCGGAAGCAUGUUUUCAUCCAAGCGAUUGGAUACUGACCAAGAGGAAGAAGAGGAGGACGUGUCCAUGUCCAGUUUGGGAGGGGACGAUGAUAUUUACAACAAUAGCAUCAGCAUCUACAAUAGCAGCUUUUCCACACGGGGCAACGGAAGCAGCAAGGAGAGUCUGGUUGCUAGCGCCAGUCUCUUGGGGGACUUUUCCGACGACGAAGACACGGAUCUGGUCCCGGCACACAAGUCGGACAGCCACCUCGUGCGCAAACGAACAAAGAAACAGAAAGCACCAAGGAAAAGCAAGGAGUCGUCUAGCAAGGAGAGAUCUGGUAGUAGCAGGGGCGAAGGCAAGACCAGCAAGUCAACCACCUCUAGUAGCACCAAAAGAAGCAAGCAAAGAAAGACCAGAAGGACUGAUGAUGAUGACAAAAGGAGGACCAGAAGGAUGGAAGCAAAUAUUAGUAGCGGGGAUGACAAAAGAAGCAAGCCUUCCCACAGAAGGCCCAGGCUGGAUGGACAACAACAUCCGUCUUCCAGACGACACCGUAGUGAUUCGCCCCGCAAACAACGGGGUGACUCACCACCACGAAGGCACCAACGACCCAAGGCAAAAUCCGUUGAAGAAUCCACCACAUCCCGUGCAGCUCCGUUUCGUCGCGCUGCCACAGCCGAUGAAGCAUCGUUGGCGGCUCGCCGCAGCCGUCGUGCACCACGAUCUGAGGAACGCACCAGCAACAGUCGACCAAACAGACGCAGUCCCCUUGCGGGAGACGCACCCAAACCCAGAGGACCCAUUGUGAGAAGAGUUUCUUUUGAUGGCGAGGAACCGGCCUUGCGAAGCAUUAUUCUAUCCGAAGCAGCAGCAACUGCCCCAGAAGGUCAACAACCUUCACUACGAAGUCUCCUUCUGGGAGAUGCCCCUCCUCCCCGAGCAGCAAGACGAAGUUCCGUGGCGAGCGAAGCCGCUACAAGACGACAUAGUUCUACAACAACCGAACAAGAUGAUGGCGAUACACCAGCGCUGAGAAGCAUCAUUCUAGGAGAAACCAAUCUUCCACCCAGACCUGCGAGACGAAGCACCUUGGCUCCCAGAGGGCCUCCCCGUCGUUCGAGCUCCUCGAUAGAUUCCGAUGAAGCGCCCAGCAGAUCCAGACGCCCAGGUGGUUUGCCUCCUCGACAACACACUCGUUAGAAAAAUGACGGUCGACGCGUGGCUGCAGCAAAACAACUAUGAAUAGCAUUUUAUGAAUAAUCUAAAGGAAUAGAAGUGUCACAAGAGCCCGCAAUGAUUUCUCAUGGUAUCCAUGGUCAAUGACUUCAGAUCAUGGUGCCGCGACGGGAGA